UUCUUAGCAGGUCACAAACUUAAAGUUUCGUUACUAAAAUUACCGCGGACUCCUUUGUUUCUAGCCCACUAAGCUACUUACCUUCCAAGCUUCUAAUGUAACCAGCACUCGAUCAGUCCGACUUUCAAAGUAGCACAAGGUCGUUUUUUGUGCACAGGAGGUGCUGAAUGAAGUAGCAAUUUGUGACGCCAUAGAUUGCAUCUGACAUCUAUUGAAUGCUAUAAGUUACAAGUUUGAUUGUUUGUUCGUUUAUGUAGAUUACGAAUGCGGAUUUGGUUCGUAGUAAACAAUAGAUCGAGGCUAAGUGCACCGUAAAGUUGUGAAAUGAAAUUGUCAAGCGUUUGUGAUUUGUUUUGUCGGAUUAAGCGGAAUUCCACCAACUUCUAUUUAUUUCUUUCUGUGAACUAUGGGAUCUAUAAAUUAUGGGAUUUAUAAUUAUCCUGGGCCUGCAGUCUCGACAAAGAUAGCGAUCGCUUAACGACAAAAUUCGGUCGAUAAGUCCUAACGAUCCGAUCGUAACGAUUUUUGGUAGUCUCUACUGCCAAAACUAUCGAGUGUCAUCGCAAAGUUACCGAAUAUUUUCGGUAAGAUAACGAUUUAUCGUUAUGUCAUAGAAUUUCCUUGCGACAGUUUUUGACAGCCCGCUAAGUGAUAGCUACUAUCGAUAUCGUUCCUAUAUUUGUUUAUUUUACGUCAGAAAAUAUUAAAUAAAUAGUAAUUUAAUAAAUAAUGGCUUCUGAAUAUUUAGCAUGGGACUUAGUUGUGCUCGAGCACAGACGCGAUGUGCUUAUGGGUCGACAAAUAGCACGAAACAAGCGAAACGAUGAAAAUCCCUUGGAUUUGGAGGAUGGCCAAUUUCUUCAAAUGUAUAGAAUUUCAAAGGAAAUGUUUCACAGGCUACUAAGUGAACUGCGUCCAUCUCUCCAAAGACGACGGCCUUACGGACUUUCUGUGGAGUCCCAAAUACUGACGGCACUCCGAUUUUACGCAUGUGGGUGCUACCAACAACCUGUUGGCUUGCAGUGGGGUUGUAGCAUGAGCCAAAAAUCUGUUAGCCGAGUCAUCCGGGCUGUAACUUCGGCAAUAAAUGAAAAACUUUUAAGAAAAUAUAUUAAAUUUCCAAUGACUCAAGGAGAACGCCAUGCGGCAAAACAGAAAUUUAGAAAUGCCCCACAGCCAUUCCCAGGGGUAAUUGGAGCCAUUGAUUGCACCCAUAUAAAAAUUUUAGCUCCUAAGACCAAUGAGGAGUCUUAUGUGAGUGGUCACCAUGAGGGCCAUUCAUUAAAUGUGCAAGCUGUGUGUGACCCUGAUCUUAUUAUUUUAAAUAUUAAUGCUCGAUGGCCAGGAGCGAGACAUGAUGCUCACAUAUGGGCAAAUUCACCGGUGCGCUCAACAAUGAAGCGACAUUUUGAAAAUGGGGACCGCCGUGCUUGGCUGCUUGGUGAUGAUGGAUAUCCUCUGGAACCGUGGUUAAUGACUCCCAUAAAACAUCAACAGCCUGGCACACCGGAAUAUAAAUAUACCGAAGCACACUGCUCAGCUAGGAACAUCAUAGAAAGAUGCUUCGGUGUGCUAAAAUCUGUGUUUAGAUGUCUAUCACACCAACGCCAGUUAAUGUACGAACCCUAUAUGGCUGGCCUAAUAAUUAACGCAUGUGCAGUGCUCCACAAUAUGCGGAUAACAUAUAAAUUACCGGAACCAGAGUCCACCACAUCCAUGCAGCUGGUGGAUAAUAGUAGAUUCCAUGAUGAUAUGUUAGAAGUUACAGGUUCUGGGCGAGCUGUUGCAGAGCGCAUAAGAAGAAGGCUAAUUAACACUAGUUUCACAUAAUUAUUAUACUUUUUUUCAUUUAUGUACUGUUUCAAAUAAAAAACAUUUUAUAUCA